GCGAAACAAGAAAUAGGUAUUGAAUUGAAUGUAGUUUUGAAAGAUCAGCAAAAUAAAUAAAUAAAUUAAUAUAAACAAAUAAACUCAGAAUAAGAAGAAAGAAUAAGAAACCUUUUAUCAUAAAUAAUAUCAUCAAACAAACAAAAAAUAAAAGAAGUAAUAAAAAUAAAAAAUAAUUCAAGUUAAAAAUUUUAGUAUCAUAGGAAAGAUAAUAAUUAUAUGGGUUGCUGUUAAUCUGAACAAUAAAAGGUAGAAGGCCUAAGCGCCAACAGAACUGAAGCAAUGGGCAAUAAUUUCACUUCUGAAGAGGCUGGAGAAACCAACUAAACAACAGUAGGAAAUACAAAGAAGCCCUAGGUCCAUGCUAUGGUAAAUGAAGAAGAGAAUUAACAAAGAUCUAUGGAAUCAUAAUCAAAUCUUAAAGUUGAAUAAGAAGCUGCUAAGAUAGUUUCAAGAACUGAAAUUAACUAAUAAGCUAAUUCAGAUAAAACCAUUCAUAUGCCUUCAACUAAAUUCGCCACUACAAUAGAUACUGAACCUGAUUAUACCAAUAAUGCCACCAAAAACACUUUACAAAAAUGCGGUGACUUUAUUUAUGAUUGUCCUUAAUACGAUGAUGCUGAAGCUGUUGAAUUAGGUUUAUACCAAUUAGAAAACGGAUCAGUCUAUAAAGGUCAAUGGAAAAAUGGUAUGAGACAUGGUAGAGGUAAAUAACUCUGGAAGGAUGGAUCUAUUUAUGAAGGAUACUGGAAAAACAACAUGGCUCAUGGCAAGGGUAGACUUAUUCACUCCGACGCUGAUGUUUAUGAGGGUGAAUGGAAAAAUGAUAAGGCUGAUGGAUACGGUACAUAUACUCAUGCUGACGGUGCUAAGUAUAUUGGUAACUGGGUUGAUGAUAAGUAAGAAGGUCACGGUAUAGAAAUCUGGCCUGAUGGUGCCAAGUAUGAAGGACAAUACGUUCAAGGUAAGAAAUAAGGAAAGGGUAAAUUCUUCUGGACUGACGGCUCAUAAUACGAAGGACAAUUCUAAAACAACAACAUUCAUGGUUUCGGUACUUACACAUGGGCUGAUGGAAGAAACUACAAGGGUGAAUGGAAGAAUAAUAAAAUGGACGGUCAAGGAGAAUUUAGAUGGCCUGAUGAAAGAAAAUAUAUUGGAAGCUAUGUAGAAGAUAAAAAGCACGGAUACGGUGAAUUCGAAUGGCCUGAUGGCAGAAAAUAUAAAGGAUAAUGGUUUAAUGGCAAAUAACAUGGUCAAGGUGUCUAUAUUAAUGCUCAAGGUAAAGAAAAGAACGGAGAAUGGGCUGAUGGUAAAAGAAUUAAAUGGACAAACGAAGACGGUGAAAAUUGA